AUUUUGUAUCCCUGAUAGGAGUUAUACGAUUGAUCACAGUUCGUUAUAAUCCCGUUAUCCCGUUUUCUUCCUGUUAUCAUAUGACACUUUACAUGUUGUAUGUUGUUGAGGUUUAGUGCGUUCUUUCUACAUAUAGGGUUUUUGUUAUCCAAAAAUAGAAAUAAACACUUGACACAAAUUCCUAAUCUGACUUACUAAUAUGUCGAGUAUAAUGUUAAUAGGUGAACGUUGUUUAGCAAAAAACAAACAAAAAAACAACCACAAAACAAAACCAAAACUCAAAACAAUCGGAUAUGUCCACUAAUCUUUUCAUUUAAUAAACUGGUCAACAAGGAAAAUAAUCAACAAGUAUUUUAGAUGAUUGGGUAUUUACUAAUCAUAAUUAUCUAGCUAAUCGCAAUGGUGUUUUAUUUGAUACUGAUUUUUAUAUUGAGAAGUGCGACACAAGGAGAAACCUUUUCAAUCACUUCUCAUUUCUUGGACGGUGAUCUGAAGUUUACCUGGCCUCAGGUGUCUUCGUAUCAGGACGUCAGCAUUACCUGUGAUGGAGUCCGCCAAGCCUUCACCAGAGUAUACGACAAUCAAUACAGAGUGUCCGAUGUUCUUAAAUACAACGUGGUCAGUAUCUUAGUGCGUGCAACCAUCAGUUAUAAUUACCACGAAAGAAGAGCAGCUUACCGACCUAAUAUCAGGGUGAUAUCAGAAAAUGAGACCGUGAGACUAACACUUCCAGUCCCCAGUGUUCCUCCGAAUGUGGACUAUAAAGUCUUUAAACUAAACAUCAACUCAGAAGCCACAAUUAUACCAGAUGUCCGUAACCCCAACAGCUUGAAGUACCCAUCGAUUUCUAUUCCUGGAAAGAUCACGUUCGAAAUAACCAAUGUGACGUCAGACGAUGCCGGAUACUACAGCGUGGGAUAUAACGCACUGAAUUCUAGAACACAGCUAGGGAUCAUUCUCGUUGUUAGAGCCAAACCAAGCAUACCGACCAUCGCCGGAAAGACGAAAGUUCCUAUCGGAGAGAAAACAGCACUAACGUGCUAUAGUUCUUCACAAUCCAUGCCGCAGUACUACACGAAAUUUCCAGCCAUUAUCUACACGUGGUUCAUCAAUGACUCAAAAGUCGUUGGGGGAAACGGCACGAAAUUUGAAAUUCGUGUUGAGAAGAAAAGCGCUUUUGACAAAAUAACCUGUAAAGCAACGGAACUUUUGGAAUCCACGAGCGAUGACUUUUACCUUGAACCUUUAUAUGGUCCGGAAUUUGUAGACAUCUAUCCAAAAUUGAGCCACACGGUCAGCAUGCACGACAACACUAGUUUCGGUCCAGUGAACUGCUCAGCCGAGUGUAACCCUCCAUGUAUUUAUCAUUGGGAGGCUAUCGAUCCAAGGGGGCGGGUCAAAGACGUGGUUACCACUGGGAGGACACUACAUCCUCAAACUGUCCGUAGAGGAGACAUAGAGACCUACCGCUGUGUGACGAAAGGGUUGUACCGCAAUACAGAGGGGAAGAAGACUGUGUCCAGAGACAUCAAACUGAACAUACAAUAUCUUACUCAACCGACAUUACUCUCCACCCUGAAUGGAAAUGUUGUGACGGGGGAGACCAUACUGGCUAAAGAGGGAGACGCUGUCACCAUGAACUGUUCGGCACGAGGGAAUCCCGAGCCCGAAGUUUUUAUACGUACUGGAGAAAACAAAAGGAUCGGUUUACUAGGCCCCAGUUCCCUCUCUUGGUAUUACCAUUCCUUUGCCAGUGGAUUGAGGUGCACCAACACGGAUUCCUAUACCUGUAUUGGUAUAAACGAGGAAUUUCAAAACACAUAUACAACGGUCAAAAUGGAGGUGGCGUGUUCCCCUCGAUUGGACGUCAAGGUUCAAUUCAACAAACUUUAUUUGUCUACAGUGAGAGAGACUAUCCACGUAAACGUACCCAUCAUAUCUUUCCCCGAGCCUGAGGAUGCUUAUUGGGCGGGGCCCAUCAGACACGACCAGAUUCAAACAAAUGUGGCGCUGAGAAAUAGACGCUACCAGUUCUGGAUCAGCAGCCAGAUUCCCAUCCCUGCCGCUAAGUAUUAUGGGAAUUACACACUUGUCGUGGAGGGGCUGGAUAUUGUGACAGUCCGUAUUCAGGCGGGAGAUAGAGUGCUGUCUAGUGGACACACGUCACGCUGGUCGCAGACAAAUAAUGACCAGGUUCACAUCGGGUUAGGAGGAGCUGUCCUGUUGUCGUGUUUCGUGUCUUUGAUCUGUUGCAAGCGCCGCAACAUGAAGCACCACCAACAUAGAUAUGGGAGAUCACGUACAGGUGGCGCUGCGAUAAAUGACAGCAUGAGUGAAGCGGAGACGUAUUUGUAUCAUGGACAAGAGUAUAUCCGAACUACACCGAGAUCAAGUACCUCUACCAAGGAAGGCGUCUACGAGGAAGUGCAUACGUACAUAGAAGUGGAAGACGGACCGAAAGAGAUGGAAAACGGGCCGAGAGAAGUGGGAGACGGACCGAGUGAUUUAUAUUGAACGUUAGAGGAUGGGAAUCGUUUGUUAGAGUUGAAAAGUGAAACAAAAUCGCCGAUUUCUGCCAUCCCUGUGUUUAUAAUUGUAAAAAUCUGGUACGCUACAUAAUGCAAGACUUCUUUAUAAAACCGUGCCUAGAGAAUUUGUUUAAUUUUCAAUUUUUUAUGUUUGGAGGGGUUCUUUUUAGAUACUUGCAGUCAAGUGUAGUUUAUGUGCAUAUAUAAGACUCCGAUGUUUAAAUGUGUAUAUAUCCAUGUAAAUGAAUACAAAUAAACCUUUAAUGUAUUAAUGAUGGCUGAUAAACAAUUCAAUUUGAGUGUUUUAUGUUAAUAAAAGGGUAAAGAUAA